AUGGAUUACCCGCGUGGAAAUCGUCGAAACGAGGGGGAACGAAAGAAAUAUAGAGGCAAGACAUUUCAAUGUCAGUUUGCCACUUUUAAGAAAGAAGAUAGACGUCGCGAUAAUCGACGUCCACGAGAACGUGGAAGGGAACAUGAACAACAAGAUCUUGAUCAAACGCCAGAAAGUCACUUGUCAAGCUUGAUUGUGAUGCUUGGAGAUAAUACCCAACCAACAGAGCUCUACAAGAAUAUCGAAGAAUUAUCAAAAAUUUUACAAGCAGACUUUGGCAAAUUUUCUCAAGUGAUACUAAAAACAAUAAAAUCAUGGCGAGUACAAAUUAGAUUGCUUAUUAUUAAAGAACUGCCUAUGAGCUCAUCGAUUUACGCUACAUUAGUUGGCCUCAUCAAUGUGGGGAAGUCAGAUAUAGCUAAGGCCAUGGUCACAGAAGCUUCUGAAACAUUGCAGCAAAAUUUGGACGAGGGUGAUUGGCGAGGGGUUAAAUUGAUUAUGAAAUUUCUUGUAGAGUUGACAAAUGCCAAUGUGAUUCAGCCGGAAACUUUGCUUAGAAUCUAUGGGAAUUUAUUAAGUGUGCUGGAUGAACCUGUAAUUAAAAAGCGUCGUGCGGACACUUUUAUAAAAAUUGUUUUAUCCACUUUACCAUACAUUGGCAAACGGUUAAAAGAUCGCGAGCCCAUUAAUUUUGAACAAAUGUUAAACAAAAUUCAAAGUUACUUUAACGCUAGAGCGCAAUUUGGUGAUCAUAAUUAUUCUGAUAUCAUCUUGUCUGCUCUCCAACCAUAUUACGGCGAAGAUCCGCCAUAUCCUUGUGAUGAUGUUUUUCUAAUAUUAUGGGAACAAAUAAAGAAAUUAAGUAACGAAAACUGGGAGUGUCCAAUCCUAUUAAGACCUUGGUCAAAAUAUGACAGUGUUUUUAUAACUGCUGAUCAGCACGAUGUGAAAGACUUUAAUCUUCCUGGAGAUUCAGAAAGAUUGCAGUAUCUUUAUCCGGAACCAUUAUUCAAAAUUUUUGUUGGAUCUGAGAAUAAUUCGGAUAUUCCUGAAACGUCGACUAUUGAGCAUUUCAUAAUUAAUGACUUGAUCCGAGAUAUUAUCGAUAUUUUUGAAAUAAAUCGUAAAGAAUGUAUCAGAUAUUUGAAAGAAAUUCCAUCGAAAUUCUCUUCUGGCACUUUUGAUCAAAUCCCACAAACCAAAAGUGCCAUAAAACAAGAGAAUGCUGAAACAUCUAGUUGGCCGGUUCAAGAUGACGAUAUGAAUACUGAUGAUGAUGACAAGGAAAUCACGAAUAGUUGGAAACUUGAGAAAAUUAUUGUAGAGGUAAUAUUUGAACAAAUAUUCAAAUUACCACACCCAACUUAUAAGCCAAUAUACUAUCAUUCUCUUUUGACUGAAGCAUGCAAAGCUUUAUCAGAUAUUUUCCCGCCUCAAUUGGAAUUCUAUACAGUCGCCUUGAGAAAUCGGACGUCGAAUGUUGCUACCGUUUUUGGAAUUGUCCUGGAAUUGGAUCCUCUGCACCCGCAACUAUGUUUUGUUCGGGAGACAUUAGAAAAAAUUAUACGUUAUAGUUAUUACGAAAGAAUCAAAACCACGUUGCCAGAAGAAUUUCUUGCUAUCUUUCCACCUUCUGAGCCAACAACGAAUUUUCGAUACGAUAAAGACCAUAUUCUUAAUGGGCUGAGUGCUACGUUAUUGGCACAACUUCGAAGUAAAAGUACAGUUGAUCAGAUUCAAGCAACACUGGAGCAGGCACGUGCAUUCUAUCCAGAAUCGUCUUCAUCCGAGCAAGAUGACGCUAUUCGUGACCUAUUUUUGCAAUGUGUCUUGUUAGUAGGAAGUAAAAGUUUCAGUCACGUGUUGAAUGUAAUUGAAAGAUACUUGGCAAUUUUGCAGUCACUUAAUGCUACUCCUGAGGCACGAAAGCAUACCGUGUUUAUAUUUUUGGGUAUACUACUUGACAAGUUAUUAAACUAUCGAGUCAUUGAUGCUAUUGCGAUUAUAACCUGGGUCUUUUCGGAAGAUUCAGAGAAAGAUUUUGCGCUUAACAAUAAUGAAACAAUACAAAACCUGGAGAAUUCUUUGAAUAUGGUAUUGAAAGAGCAAAAGGAAGUCUUACUCGCGGUAUUUCAAAAUUUCACGAAGACGAUUAAUAAUCGGCUGAAAGAGCACCAAGAUCGCAGAAUCGAAGAUCUGCUAUCUUCUCAGUGGUGGUUCUGGUGGGCUUAUGGGUUUUUUAGGGAAGUGGGACGAGCGUAUUCUACUCAGUAUGCAAAAUUUAUUGUAACCUUGGAAACUCUUGUUAUCACCCCGGAUAUCGACCCUAAAAUUGAAAAUAUCCUAUCAAUUAUAAAAGCACUUUCAAACAACCAAGACACGGUUACCAUAAGUCAGAUUUAG